AUGGACCCCGUGUUUUUUCGACAAGCCGGUCCUUCUAACGUUCAGGACGAGUUCGGCAAGGCCAUGGCAAGCACCACCCUGGGUGAGACUGAGCCAACGUAUUCGAAGGGUACCUACAGGCAGUGGCGAGGCGGAGGGCGAAAUGGUGCAUCACGGUCCACGGUGCCGGCGGAGAUACGUCCCGAAAUUCGACGGUUUCGGUGCAUUCUUCCCAGGGAGGGGGAUCGCAACAGAGAGCCUGUAUCUGUGAUGCGACGGCCGGAAGGAGCUGUUGCUGAUGAGGCUGGGCAUUUCAGGCCGUUGGAUGAGUGCCGGGAGCGGGAUGAAGUACUGAACUCUCGGCAGAGCCGCACAAUAGGGCCAGGCGGUGAUGUUGCAGGUCGCGUUGUGGCGGAUUUUAGUGCUCCGGGUCGGCCCGUUGGGUCUGUGGAAAAGCCGAAUGUCGGACAGAACGGCGAUAGCCGUGUAACAGGACUGAGUCGUUCCGACGAGCGUCCAGUUAAAAGGCGCCGCUACUGUGGUCAGAGGAGUGAGCCGUCGAUGAACUACGCAGGGGACAUACAUCAGACUGCAUCGGCCGGCCGUGGGCGAGAUGAUACCACAAACGUCAGAAGUCGGAGGGAGGCAUCACCACAACUCGUCGUCUCGGAUGCGGCGACUGCGGCAAAGCUGGGACGUACCCUUCAAAGGUGUCGGAUUCUGGCACCGAAGCCCACAGAAACUGCAGUGCCAGCGCCCUUGAGAGAACCGGAGCGUACAGCGACUUGUGUGCUACGCAAACGGCAGGGAAGGGGUAGCUACCGCCGUACUAAAGGUCAACCGCUACAGAAACGGUUUCAGAUGGAGGGCCGACGGCAGAUACGAGAGGAUGGACCAGAAGAAGAAUUGAACCGUGUACUGGGCUGGCUCGAGCAACAUUUCGAAGUGAAAGGGCGGCUAUCAAACAGCCAGGAAUGGUGUGCGCCCAUCCCACACGAGCGGAAGGUUUUUACUGUACAGGAGUUUUACAAGGCCUUCCACGACAAGAGCACCUUGCCAAUAUGGACCUGCACAAUUUGUUAUCGAAAGUAUACGAAGGAUGAGUUGAAAGAAGUUGGGUGGCAGGAGUGGACCGCUAGAUCAGUUGCAAAGCUCGAUUGCUCGCCGCUGUCAUGCAGGGCAUGUUUCCCGCCAGGGUGCGUUAUCUCGGGGUGUGCAGAUUGCAUAAAUCACCUGCGGCGGAGUAGCUUGUCGCCUGCGGCUCAGCUGCACUGCCGUCUCGGAUGCGAGCAUAUGUUUCCUGACGAGCUUAAGGGUCUGACUCCGGUCGAGGAAAAGCUUAUCGCCUUGAGCUCUUGCUAUGGUUUCAUCACAAGUUACAGUGUCUCGAACGAGCGAGGACAGGGUGUGAGGUAUCCGAGGCAUGUAAAGGGACACAUUAAGGUAUUCCCGAACAAUGUGAAGGAGCUGGUCGUGAAAGUGCUGCCCCAUCCACUUUUGAGGGUUAUGGAUGAGAUCCACGUAUCGUGGCAAGAGAGGGCCCUAGUCUGGUUGAAGAAGAAUAAUCCUCACUAUGCAGACAUUGAGAUCGAUGUGGUUGAGAUGAACAGCUGGGGUACCUCACUUCAUGGAGUACCCGAGCGUGUUUAUGGGUGUAUGGAGCGAAACGAGCCGUCGGCGUGGGAAAAAACGCGGACGGCUCACGUUGUUCCACCGACAGAGCGUGGUAUGGAUGACGAGGAAUCCUUGGAGAUUGGAGAAGUCCUAGCGGCGCUCAAUCAGGGGGAAGAUGUGUCAGAUGGUCGAUGCCAAGAACCGAAAGGGAGUGAGAUGGAUGAUAGAGAUAGAGGAAAGGAAGCUGAGCGCCAACAUUUCGCGGACCCGAUCAAUGAGGUGACUUCGUCGGGCAUGUUUACUCUCGACGGUCCGCCGGAUGUGGCGGACGCGGAGAAGCUGCGAUUUGUCCGCGACGCGGUGGGAAAAGGUGCAUUUGGGGACCAAAUUGGGCCUGGAGCCUGGGUGGGAUCAGCGCAUGGACGGCAGAGAAAAGCCGUUGAGCCGUACGUCCAGAUUUGUCGGGGAAAUGAAUUUGCUGACUCUUUUGAUGCCUUCUUUUUCGCAAAGACAUUCCCCACGCUAUUUCCGUUUGGUAUUGGUGGUCCUCGCCUGAUUGAAGAGGCCGUCUCAGAAUUCGGCAGCGAUAGCCAUGAGGGUGAAGCCGGCGAGGUAGAGGCGGCAGCAGCAAAUAAUCUCUUGUCGUCUCGAAACAUGAGCCUCCACACCUGGGCUGGCAUCGUGCUGCGGCGGCAUGGCGGCCGCUUUGCGACGCACCAUAUUUUUGCAUUUCUGGUGUUCAAUAUGGGGGUGAGGUCCCGGAAUCGCCGCGUAAGCAUGCUGAGCGUAACAAGGAAGGGCUUCCGAAAAGUUGAACGCAUCGUACGGUCGCUGAGUGUGGAGAGGUUGGAGGCGGCUAGAGUCGAGCUUGAGAGCUCGGGUGUUGCAACCGACGCGGGAGUGAAAGAGCUCCUGAGAAGCCUUUCGCUGUACGGAUUUCGGCAGCCGAUGUCGAGAGAACUCCGGCUAAGCAUGCGGCGAAAGAUCAAGUCGUUGAUACUUCAACACGGCGUGCCGGCCAUUUGGUUCACGUUAAACCCGAACGACAUCACGAACCCAGUAAAGCUACGGCUGGCUGCGUACCGAAGCCGUGGUCCAGAGGAGGCUGAGGCAUUCUUGCGAGAUCUGGACGUAGCGUACAAGCGUGUACGGCUGGCAAUAUCGGAUCCCAUGAGCUCAGCCCUUUUUUUCCAUCGUGAGAUGACGUUAUUCUUCGACCACUAUGUGAAGGUGGGGGAAGAGUCGGUGUUUGGACGGAUUAGCCAGUACUAUGGUGCUGUUGAGACGAAUGAGCGCGGGGCUCUCCAUCUGCACGGGCUGCUUUGGUUGCAUGGGAAUAUGAAUAUGAGUUCGAUAUUUGCCGACGCCCAAAGUGAGAACCAGAGGACCUAUCGGGAGCGAAUUGUUCGGUAUGUCGAUAGCGUCUUCUCAGAGGAACUGGACCAAGAGGGAUUCUGUGCCAUCAAGGCAGAGCGUUCGGUGACGGCGGAUAUAUCCACGCUGCUGGGCAACAGUGGGCAAUUAUCGGGCAUGUUCGAUGAAGAAGCCAAUUUCUGCGCUGGGGCGACACAAAUCCACACCCAUAGCCCUACCUGUAUAAAGUACUCACUGGGCAAGAAGGGUAGGAGUCGAGACCUUUGCCGCUUCAAAGCCCCCUGGCGACUGGUUGAGAAGACCGCCUUCACAGAGGAUGGUGUGCUGCACAUCCGGCGGAACCACGGCAUGGUGAAUCGGUGGAACAAGGCCAUGGCGGUCGGGUUGCGGCACAACCACGAUAUUUCCUUCAUUGCGACGCAAUGCAAGACCAUGGCGCUUAUUUAUUAUGUGACGAACUAUGCAACGAAGGUGGAGGAUCCGGUCUGGAAGCGUAUCGCCGCCGCUGCAGAGGCUCUUCCCGUCUUACAAGUGGAAGAGCAGGGCAGCCGGGCGGAUACUGAGGCCGGUGCUGUAUCGGAGAAUGGUGGCCGAAACAAGACGCGACAAUUCCUGAUGAGAGUGGCAAACCGGAUCUUCACAGAUCGGCCACUGUCUCAGGUCGAAGUCAUCGCUUAUCUGCUGGGAUAUCCGAGCGAAUUCACAAGCAACAGCGCUUGGACAUUUCUGAACGUGUCGCUACUCUAUUGGCACGUCUUCAAGCGAUGGCGCCUUCUCCGACAGUCGAGCGGCGCGGAGGCUGAGGAUGAGUCCACCGAGGAGACAGUGCUCGUGGAAGAGGCGGGCCAGAGGAUAUCCGCUGUCGACGCUUAUCAGCACCGAGGCUAUGUCUUGCGGGGCCUGUGUCUAUAUGAUUAUAUGUCGCUCGUACGACUCAAGCGUAAAGGUAAGGGCAAGGACUCUACACCUUGGGGCGAGGUGCCGUUCGAGAGCGGGUGGCCGUUGGCCUGCGCGUGGACCCAGACUCUGAGACGGCCAGGCAAGCAUGCUACUGUUUGCCUAGACGGCUACCUCAGUAUGGAUUUUGCUCAGGACGACGACGGACCCUGCUACAGGAGGGCUGCUGUCCAGCAUCUGGCACUUUUUGUACCGUGGGAAUCUUUCUUGUCGGCAGAAGAUGGUGAUAUCAAUAAUAUUUGGAACCGGGAGAGGGGGUUACUGCCUGGAAGACUCUCGUUCGUUGCUAACAACAUUCAAUUGCUCCGGCGCUCUGCUGAAGAUGCCAAGCGUGACGCCAGGCAAUGGGCUGCUUCGUCCGCGGACAGCGAUCGCACGGACGAAGCGGUCAGUAUCGGACUAAACGAAUGCAACGCGGAGGCCACGGAUGUAUACCGGUCUGAUAGUGUCGGCGAUGCCACGCGUCUGAUCGACGUCGUCAGAAUGGCUGCGGGAGUGAGCCAGAUCACUGCCGGUUCGAAGGAGAUCAUGGCAUGGAUGCAGCAACUCUGUCGCUUCCAACAGUCAUCGCUGUGCUCAAGCGACGAGCUUCGGGCCAGAGUGAUAGAUGAACGCGGGGUAAGAAGAAUAGAAUUGUCCGGGCGGCCGUUUUCGAGAGCGGAGAUCCCAGCCCAGAAAGAAUUGAGGGCCAUUAAGUCACAGCAGACAGCUGCUUCCAGGGAGAGGGAGAGGAUGAUACAGGGAAUACAGCAUGUGGCCGAUAACCGAGAUAGGGCCACUACUAAUCGUAGCGCAGCCAUUGAGGACGUGCUGAACGGAUUUGGGGAGCAAGAUAUCCGCGUGACAGCUGCCCACCCCAAGGGCAGGAGUCUUGAUAGCAGCCCCCAGGCGAAGGUCCGGUUGGGGCCGUCAACAUCCUUCCUCCAGGCAGGAAGGAGGCUGGUAGAGCUGUUCACCUUGAAUAGAAGGCAAUCAGUCGCCUUUCUUCUGAUAUGCCGACGGCUUGAUUCGAUACGAGGUCACGGGGCUGCCGCUGGUCAGCUCUGCGAGUUCAUCGGCGGGGAGGGCGGUACCGGGAAAUCACGAGUCAUCGAGGCACUGGUCGAGCUAUUUGCGAGUGCGGGCAUCUCGAAUCGUGUGCUCGUAACGGCGACGUCAGGGACAGCAGCAGCGCAGAUCAACGGCAUCACAAUCCACUCAGCCUGUGGCUUUUUAAAGGACCGCGUAUCGCGCGUUGGCGUAUCCAGAGAUAUCGACGGGGCCAAUUUAUCGAAUUCGGCAGAGCGAUUUAUCAACGGCCAGUCCCGAAUGGACUGGCAAGAGAAGUAUCUACUCAUCAUUGACGAGGUCAGCAUGCUAGGAGCGCGGACGCUGUAUGCGGUGAAUGAGCGGCUCUGCAGGCUCCGCGGCUGCCAGCGGGAUUUUGGCGGGAUUCCCAUCGUUCUGUUCUGCGGGGAUUUCCGCCAGUUCCGGCCUGUGCAGGAGAGAUCGAUCCUCCUUCCAAGCACGGCCGUGACAUGGGAUGAGGACACUUCGUUCGGCCCAGAACAAAGACACCAGCAUGAUAGGGCCCACGCGUUGUGGAGGAGGUUCACGACGGUCGUUAUGCUGGACGAACAAGUGCGCGCUGCUGGGGACCCAGAGCUGCAACAAUUGCUGAAACGGAUCCGACGGGGUGUGCAGAACCGCACAGAUUUAGACCUCCUUAACUCUAGGUGCUACCGGGAGGAUAGGCCGAUUCCGUGGGAAACGGGCAUUACCGUCGUGACACCGCUGAACAGGAAUCGGUGGAACUUGAACAUGGAGGCCACUCUGUCGUUCCAGAGACAACAUCGUGAGACGAUGCGAAUUUUCAUAUCCGAACACAGGUGGAAAGACGGCCAGGCGAGCGAGGAAGAAGCCAUCUUGAUGCUCAACCACGGAGACAACAGCGCGAUACCGGUGCCGGCGAUCUUCAUGUUCGUGCCCGGGAUGCCCAUCGUCGUCAACCACAACACGCACCAGGGCCUGAAGCUGGUUAAUGGAGCCAGCUACACCGCCUUGGACGUCAUCCUCGACAAGGCGUACCCGGGCCACCGGAUCUCGGCCGAUACGAUGCUCCACUUCGGGCCGCCGGCGGGGAUUCUGCUAGCGGCGAAGACAACCCAAGAGUUCCACUUUGUCGGGAUGCCGCCGGGCACAAUCCUUCUGACGCCGAUGAGCGUCAGCAUACGAGCCCAGAGAAAUCGGCCAUGGCAAGUGAGAGACGUGGCCCGAAAGGGCUUGCCGUGUGCAGCGGCCUUUGCGUGCACAGACUACAAGGUACAGGCAAAAACGCUAGAGCGAGUGGCACUAGAGCUGCGCGGGACGAGGACGACGAAUGUGAACGGUCAGAUGGUUGCGUCACAGUGCGAUCCAUACAGCCUAUACGUGCAGCUAUCGCGUUGCCCGUCAUUAGAUGGUAUCAUGCUUGUGUCAAAGGUGCGGGAGAGAGACCUGGUUGGCAACACGGUGCCCGAGGACAUGACUGCCGCGGAGGAGAGGCUGGAAGCGCUGAGCAAGAAGACCAUGCAGGAGGCUCACGACCUGAUCGGAUGA